AAAGGCGAAACCAGAUCCAGGGCCUGCAGGAGAAUGUGCGCAAGCUGCCGAAGCUGCCCAACCUGUCCCCUCUGGCCAUCAAGCACCUAUGGAUCCGCACUGCCCUCUUUGAGAGGGUCCUGGACAAAAUCGUCCACUAUCUAGUGGAAAACAGCAGCAAAUACUAUGAGAAGGAGGCGCUCUUGAUGGACCCCGUGGACGGCCCCAUCCUCGCAUCUCUGUUGGUGGGGCCCUGCGCCCUGGAGUACACUAAGAUGAAGACUGCGGACCACUUCUGGACUGACCCCUCAGCCGAUGAGCUGGUCCAGAGACACCGAAUCCACAGUUCACAUCUGAGACAGGACUCACCCACCAAGCGGCCGGCGCUCUGUAUCCAGAAGAGGCAUUCGAGUGGCAGCAUGGACGACCGGCCAUCCGUCUCUGCCCGGGACUACGUGGAGUCCCUGCACCAGAACUCCAGGGCCACUCUGCUUUAUGGCAAGAACAACGUCCUGGUUCAGCCAAGGGAUGACAUGGAGGCUGUGCCAGGGUACCUGUCCCUGCACCAGACAGCUGAUGUCAUGACCUUGAAGUGGACACCCAACCAGCUGAUGAAUGGGUCUGUGGGGGACCUGGACUACGAGAAGAGCGUCUACUGGGACUAUGCUGUGACCAUCCGGUUAGAGGAGAUCGUUUACCUGCACUGCCACCAGCAAGUGGACAGUGGUGGGACCGUGGUGCUGGUGAGCCAGGAUGGAAUCCAGAGGCCGCCCUUCCGCUUCCCCAAGGGCGGGCACCUGCUACAGUUCCUCUCCUGUCUGGAGAACGGGCUGCUUCCUCAUGGGCAGCUGGACCCGCCGCUUUGGUCACAGCGAGGAAAGGGGAAGGUAUUUCCUAAGCUGCGCAAGCGGAGCCCACAGGGGUCCUCAGAGUCCACGUCUUCAGACAAAGAGGAUGACGAAGCCACCGAUUAUGUGUUCCGCAUCAUCUACCCAGGCAUGCAGUCCGAAUUCGUGCCCCAGGACCUGAUGGACGUCUCCGUGAACAACCUUCCAUCCCUGUGGCAGCCCAGUCCACGGAAGUCCUCCUGCUCUUCCUGUUCACAAAGCGGCUCAGCUGAUGGCGGCUCAACCAAUGGCUGCAACCACGAGAGGGCUCCGCUCAAACUGCUCUGUGACAACAUGAAGUACCAGAUCCUUUCCAGAGCCUUCUAUGGAUGGCUCGCCUACUGCAGACACCUGUCCACCGUGAGGACCCACCUGUCAGCCCUGGUCAAUCACAUGAUCGUGUCUCCAGACCUGCCCUGUGAUGCUGGGCAAGGGCUCACGGCCAGCAUCUGGGAGCAGUAUAUCCAGGAUAGCACGACUUACCCGGAGCAGGAACUGCUACGCCUCAUCUACUAUGGGGGUGUCCAGCCCGAGAUCCGCAGGGCAGUGUGGCCCUUCCUCCUGGGCCACUACCAGUUCGGGAUGACAGAGAUGGAGAGGAAGGAGGUGGAUGACCAGAUUCAUGCCUGCUAUGCACAAACCAUGUCGGAGUGGCUGGGCUGCGAGGCUAUUGUGAGACAGAGGGAGCGGGAGUCCCACGCGGCUGCCCUGGCCAAGUGCUCCUCAGGGGCUAGCCUGGACAGCCACCUUCACCGGAUGCUGCACCGGGACUCGACCAUCAGCAAUGAGUCUUCCCAGAGCUGCAGCUCAGGCCGCCAGAACCUCCGACUGCAGAGCGACUCCAGCAGCAGCACACAGGUAUUUGAGUCGGUGGAUGAAGCAGAACAGGCAGAGGUAGAAGGCAGGUCGGAGGAGAAACAGCCCAAGGUCCCCAACGGGAACCCGGCAAAUGGCACUUGCUCCCCAGACUCCGGACACCCCUCCUCGCACAACUUCUCCUCCGGCCUUUCCGAGCACUCGGAACCCAGUCUCAGCACGGAGGACAGUGUCUUGGACGCCCAGCGCAGCCUCCCCGCCGUGUUCCGACCCGGAGACAGCAGUGCGGAAGACGGGCAGACCAGCGAAGCCACCACUUCCCGCGAUGAGGCCCCUCGGGAGGCGCUGGCAGUGCAAGACAGCCUUGAGAGUGACCUCCUGGCCAACGAGAGCAUGGAGGAGUUCAUGUCCAUCCCUGGCAGCCUGGACGUGGCUCUGCCUGAGAAGGAUGGCGCCGUGAUGGAGGGCUGGCCCAGCGAGGCAGACAAGCACAGUCGAGCCGACAGUGAGGACAACCUGUCUGAGGAGCCUGAGAUGGAGAGCCUGUUCCCUGCCCUGGCCUCCCUGGCUGUGACCUCCUCUGCGAACAACGAGGCGUCACCUGUGUCCUCCAGUGGCGUCACCUACUCUCCGGAGCUCCUGGACCUGUACACAGUGAACCUGCACCGCAUUGAGAAAGAUGUGCAGAGGUGUGACCGCAGCUACUGGUACUUCACAGCCGCCAACCUGGAGAAGCUGAGAAACAUCAUGUGCAGCUAUAUCUGGCAGCACAUUGAGAUCGGCUACGUCCAGGGCAUGUGUGACCUUCUGGCCCCGCUGCUGGUCAUCUUGGAUGAUGAGGCCCUGGCCUUCAGCUGUUUCACAGAGCUCAUGAAGAGGAUGAACCACAACUUCCCCCAUGGAGGCGCCAUGGACACACACUUUGCCAACAUGAGGUCGCUGAUCCAGAUCUUGGACUCGGAGCUCUUCGAGCUGAUGCAUCAGAACGGGGACUACACCCACUUCUACUUCUGCUACCGCUGGUUCCUGCUGGACUUUAAACGAGAGCUGGUCUAUGAUGACGUCUUCUCCGUGUGGGAGACUAUUUGGGCGGCCAAGCACGUGUCCUCUGCCCACUACGUGCUGUUCAUCGCGCUGGCGCUGGUGGAGGUCUACCGGGACAUCAUCCUGGAGAACAACAUGGACUUCACUGACAUCAUCAAGUUCUUCAACGAAAUGGCCGAGCGGCACAACGCCAAGCAGAUUCUCCAGCUAGCCCGGGGCCUGGUGCAUAAGGUGCAGAUCCUGAUUGAGAACAAGUGAGGGCCAAAGCAGCCCGUCACCCCUGCUGCCACCCACCCCCAUCCCUCCUGCAGCCCAGCGCGAGGCCCUGGCGUCUGUGUGGGGAGCCAUGCUCUCAACCUUGGCCGUUGGGCCGGGGGGUAGAGAAGUGCCCAUCUCAGCCUUACGUUUUCCUGUCUGACCAAAGAUUGCUUGCCCAAGUCCAGGAUUUCCUGCUUCUUGGGAGUUGGGGUUCUGAGUGGGUAGAGAUGGCCUCUGGCCCUGUUGCUCUCUUCUUUCCUCUGUUCCUUCCUCAGUCAGUACAGGAGAGACUUCUGGGGUUUCCUGUGCAGCCAGCAGGGAAGGGCCUUUGGAGGUGUGUCAGAAUGUCCCUGCCAGGCUGGCUUGGAGCAGGCUGCUCCCGUAGGCAUCAGUCACAUUCAAAGUCCCAGGAUUUUGUGAGCAUCAUCUCUGCCUUCGAACCACCAGGCGUCUCUCCCACCAUCUCCCAAGGUGACCCGAA